AUGUAUGUAAAUUUCCCAAAAAUUUCACCGUGCCUCUCGAGGCCCAAUAAUAAGUUUGGUGAAGCAACGCGGCAACAUCGACCCAGGCAGCUCCUCCAGUUGAACAACCACAAAAGGCACACUUUUUCAACAGCGACUUUGGUUCCUCAGGCACCAUAUCAUGGUUUCUCUCUGAUACACAGAAGUUCUGGAGUUGACUCAUGCGAUCACAAACGCAUGCCACAUACGUCGUUUUAUGCUGCAAAAGCGAGCCCCGAUAAUUAUCAGAUCCUGACGGAGAGUGCAAGUUUCUUAAUUUCAUCAGGAGUUGUUUCAAUCUGGAUGUUUCCAAUAUCCAUGUUGGCUGAGCAUGUUAUGUGUUAAUCGGAGCAACUAAGUUGAUCAUGAAGCGUUUUGUGUAUAUAAAUGAUGACGAUGUAGCACAAGAUCUCUACUGUGACAAUCGCGUAUCAAACAGAAAGUAUACGAUUCUGAAUUUUCUUCCUAAAAAUCUAUGGGAACAGUUCAGCCGAUUUAUGAAUCAAUACUUUUUGUUGAUUGCUUGCCUUCAACUAUGGUCUCUGAUUACUCCCGUGAAUCCUGCAAGUACAUGGGGUCCUCUUAUAUUUAUAUUUGCAGUCUCUGCAACAAAAGAGGCAUGGGAUGAUUACAAUAGGUAUCUCUCAGAUAAGAAAGCAAAUGAGAAACAAGUUUGGAUAGUGAGGCAGGGAGUUAGAAAGCUUAUUCAAGCCCAAGAUAUUCGUGUCGGAAACAUUGUCUGGCUGCGUGAAAAUGAUGAAGUUCCUUGUGAUCUUGUUUUGCUUGGUACAGGAGAUCCGCAAGGGAUUUGCUAUGUGGAGACAGCCGCACUAGAUGGUGAAACUGACCUGAAGACACGAUUGAUACCUUCUGCAUGCAUGGGAAUAGAUGUUGAGUUGUUGCACAGAAUCAAGGGCGUAAUUGAGUGUCCCAGCCCAGAUAAAGAUAUUAGGCGAUUUGAUGCAAACAUGAGACUAUUUCCUCCAUUUCUUGACAAUGACGUGUUCCCCUUGACAAUAAAAAAUACACUCCUUCAAUCAUGCUACUUAAGGAACACAGAGUGGGCAUGUGGAGUUGCUGUAUACACUGGCAAUGAAACGAAGCUAGGGAUGAGUAGGGGCAUACCUGAACCAAAGCUCACGGCUGUAGAUGCCAUGAUUGACAAAUUGACUGGAGCUAUAUUCAUUUUUCAGAUAGUUGUCGUUGUUGUACUGGGUAUAGCUGGGAACAUUUGGAAGGAUACAGAAGCAAGGAAGCUGUGGUACGUUCGAUAUCCAAAUGAAGGCCCUUGGUAUGAACUACUCGUUAUCCCUCUACGAUUUGAACUGCUCUGCUCCAUUAUGAUUCCUAUAUCUAUAAAGGUAUCAUUAGAUCUAGUUAAAGGUUUAUAUGCAAAAUUUAUUGACUGGGAUGAUCGGAUGGUUGAUCUAGAAACAGGGACUCGGUCCCAUGCAGCUAACACUGCGAUUAGUGAGGACUUGGGGCAAGUUGAAUAUAUACUGACAGAUAAAACAGGAACUUUGACUGAAAAUAAAAUGAUCUUCAAAAGAUGUUGCGUAAGUGGAAGACUUUAUGGGAAUGAGAACGGCGAUGCUUUGACAGAUACAGAGCUGAAUAAUGCUGUAUCCAGUGGCUCGGAGGAUGUAAUUCGGUUUCUUAAAGUUAUGACCAUUUGCAAUACUGUGAUUCCUGUCCGAAGCAAAAGUGGAGAAAUCUCAUACAAGGCCCAAUCCCAAGAUGAAGAAGCUCUAGUCCGCGCUGCUGCUCGUAUGCAUAUGAUUUUUGAGAAUAAAAAUGGGAAUAUUAUUGAAAUCAAAUUCAAUUCUUCAUUACUCCGAUAUGAAGUGCUAGAUAUUCUGGAGUUCACGUCUGACAGGAAAAGAAUGUCUGUGGUAGUUAAGGAUUGUCAAAGUGGGAACAUUUUCCUCUUUUCGAAAGGAGCAGAUGAAUCCAUCUUUCCUCGUAGUUAUGCUGGGCAACAGAUAAGGACUUUUGCUGAAGCUGUUGAACAAUAUGCUCAACUGGGUCUGAGGACGUUAUGCCUUGCGUGGCGGGAAGUAGAUAAUGAUGAGUAUCAAGAAUGGGCCUUGAUGUUUAAAGAGGCUAAUAGUGCACUUGUAGAUAGAGAGUGGAGAGUAGCGGAAGUCUGCCAAAGAUUAGAGUGCAAUUUAGAGAUUCUUGGUGUUGCUGCCAUAGAGGAUCGACUUCAGGAUGGUGUGCCAGAAACAAUUGAGACCCUUCGGAGAGCUGGUAUAAAUUUUUGGAUGCUGACUGGAGACAAGCAGAGCACUGCAAUACAAAUUGGUCUUUCUUGUAAUUUUGUCUCUCCAGAACCUAAAGGUCAGCUUCUGAUGAUUGAUGGAAAAACUGAGGAUGAAGUGUGUAGGAGCCUUGAGAGGGUUUUGCUUACUAUGAGAAUCACGAAUUCGGAACCUAAGGAUGUAGCUUUCGUCGCUGAUGGCUGGGCUCUUGAAAUUGCUCUUAAGCAUUACCGUAAGGCAUUCACCGAACUUGCAAUUUUAUCAAGGACAGCUAUAUGUUGUCGUGUCACUCCAUCACAGAAGGCACAGCUGGUUGAACUUUUGAAGUCAUGUGACUAUAGAACUUUGGCCAUUGGGGAUGGUGGAAAUGAUGUGAGGAUGAUUCAGCAAGCUGACAUAGGCGUUGGCAUAAGUGGGAGAGAAGGAUUGCAAGCUGCAAGGGCAGCUGAUUAUAGCAUUGGAAAAUUCAGAUAUUUGAAAAGACUGAUUCUUGUGCAUGGACGUUAUUCAUAUAACCGCACGGCAUUUCUUUCGCAAUAUUCAUUCUACAAGUCCUUGCUGAUAUGUUUUAUCCAGAUCUUCUUCUCUUUCAUUUCAGGCGUCUCGGGGACCAGCCUCUUCAAUUCAGUCAGCUUGAUGGCUUAUAAUGUGUUUUACACGAGUGUUCCUGUUUUAGUCAGUGUUCUUGACAAAGAUCUGAGUGAAAAAACUGUGAUGCAGCAUCCCCAGAUACUUUUUUACUGCCAAGCUGGAAGACUUCUCAACCCUAGCACAUUUGCCGGAUGGUUUGGCCGAUCUCUCUUUCAUGCAAUUGUUGUUUUUGUUAUCACGAUACAUGCAUAUGCCUAUGAGAGAAGUGAGAUGGAGGAGGUAUCAAUGGUUGCACUCUCAGGAUGCAUUUGGUUACAGGCAUUUGUCGUGGCAAUCGAAACCAAUUCUUUCACAAUAUUACAACACCUGGCUAUAUGGGGCAAUCUGGUCGGUUUUUAUGUCAUCAACUGGAUUGUUAGUGCAAUCCCAUCAUCUGGGAUGUACACAAUUAUGUUCCGCCUAUGCAAGCAACCCUCUUACUGGAUUACAAUGUUUCUAACUGUUGCAGCAGGAAUGGGACCCAUCCUUGCACUAAAAUACUUUAGGUACACAUACAGAUCGAGCAAAAUCAACAUUCUCCAACAAGCCGAACGUUUAGGAGGCCCGAUUUUGUCGUUGGGCAACAUCGAGCCCCAAUCAAGGUCCCUCGAAAAAGAUCUCUCACCUCUAUCAAUUUCACAGCCCAAACACCGAAACCCGGUUCACGAGCCUUUGCUUUCGGAUUCCCCAAAUGCCAUGAGAAGGUCUUUUGGACGUGGGACGCCUUUCGAUUUUUUCCAGUCCCAGUCCAGAUUGUCUUCCAGUUAUACUAGGAACUCAAAGGAUAGAUAACUGAUGAUUAGGAUGGAUAACAUAUAUUAUUGCAUGUACAGCAUGUGGGAUUAUUGAUCAUGCCAUAUAUUCCAUCAUGGGUUUGUUUGUUCAGUUAAGUUGGUGCUUUUGGGUGUUUGGCUUGGUUUGUGGUUUAAGUGGAUCUGUGGCUCAGCCGGUUUUUCUACCCUUUUUGAAUCUCUAUAUGCGAGAAGAAAAUGAGUUUGUAUAUUCCACUCCUACAAAAUCGACGUCUUGGUGUUCCGACUUUACGUGUGAUCUAAUAUUGUGACAAUCUGCAAAUAGUAAUUGUAUUAUUUAGAUUUAUAUCCUGCAGUUCUCUUUCUUUUCUUCUCUUUAUCUGGAGGCAUUUAACAUAUUAGCUUGAUAUAAGGGGGAAGUUGUCUAAUAAAAAGUGGCACACUAGCAUCAUGUGUCGCUACCUUUUUUUCUGAAUUGGAAUUUAAUCACCGAUUUCUUGAUUUUGG